AAAGCUACAUUGACUUGACCUGGAGCUGGAGAAGCGCGGAGAGCUGGUAGUCCAUAUAUUCCCUGGACAUCGUGCUCUCUCACUCCCUCAAUCGGUAACCAGCGUCCGCAACUUAACUGGACCACUCACACAUCUCAGUCCAAGUCGCCACAAGGAGGUACACCGCAUUGUCGUCGUCUUCGAGAAUCGAGAUCCCUCCUCGCCUCGGUGUUGAGCAUGGAUCACCAGCCAGUUCACCCAGGCCCGGAGAGUCCGGUGGUCGACUUGGAGAUGGGCCACCAAGCAGCCGAGAGCACGGCCGUGAACCAGCAGCGCAUCGGCUGGCACCGGCCGAACCCAUGGGCCAGCCACGACGCCAACACGCUGCUGGUGGUGGCCACGCUGAUCACCACGCUCUCGUACCAGAUCGGCACCAGUCUCCCCGGCGGGUACUGGCAGGAGACCCAGAUGCAGGACGGCAAGAUGCUGUACCGCGCCGGCGACCCCAUCAUGCGCGACCUGCAGAACGCCAGAUACUGGAUGUUCAUGGUGGCGAGCUGGACGGGGUUGAUCAGCUCCAUGUUGAUGACGAUGAGCCUACUGGUGGGGAUAGCGGUGGACUCGUGGCACGUGCGGUGGUCCUUCGUGGUCGCCUACUCCAGCCUCCUCCUCACCUUCGUCUUGUCCGGGAACCGGACCAAGCUGCACAUCGACAUCAUCUUCUGGGCCGGCAGCCUCGCUUUCUUCUGGGUCGUCAUCUACUUCCGUCCCGAGCACCGCAAGCGCAUCGUUCAAGUGCUCCGCUCUAUUCCUGCAACCACAGCAACUAAUUCAACCAGUUGACGGAUCCCACGUCCAGCCCAUUCCGCCAUUCCUGCAACCACAGCAAAAUUUGGUCAUCGCUAAAAAACUAGACUGUCGAGUCCGGAGCCCAUUAGUAUAUAGCACACCCUCGGUCCCAAUGUCCCAAUGCAUGUCGAGUCCUCUUGGGUGUUUUAACUUUAACUAUUCGUCUAUUCAUUUGAGUACAUGUGUUGUUUGUUAUAGAAAAUAUCAUUAACAACUUUAUGCAAGUAAAAAAAUUAAUGUGUUGUAGUAAUUCCCAAUUGUAAAUUUAUGGUCGGUGUGGUACGCGAUCAACACGAUCAGAUGGCAGCACAAUGGAAGCGGUUAUGAAGGACGACUUUAAAAAAAAGUCGGGCCAACUCUGAAGCAGAACAAAUUAAU